GCUUAGUAUCAGUAAAUGUUUUUUUGGAGUUAAUAUACAGUAUAUAUUUAUAUACAGUUUAUAUCCUUAAAAUGAAAUGGUCUGUUCAUCACGUUCACUGGACUGCAUCAUCUCUCAUCUCCCACCGGACCGUGAUCCAUAUCCAUUACUGUCCCUGUUUGUACCUGAACUCAUCGAUCACGUAACUUCUCUCUCAGUUUCUGGUGUCUUGCUUUCCUUGUUGACUUUCUCACCUUUUUGUUGCAACGGGGAGGAAAACAAGUGCUGUGAAUGUCAUCCUUAAUCUGCUUUUUAAACAAACCAGUGAGGCGUGCUGCUGGAGUCUCCAGUGAGCUGGCACUGGCCAAGCCUGCCGACCCCGGAGCUGAUGGGAAUGGCGUUGACUUCAUGAGAGCGGCCUGCUCUCAGGAAUCAGGGAACAUGGUGGAGGGUGACUGUGGGAAGAGGCUAAGUGACUCUCAAUGGGUCUCUGAGGACCUGGGCUGCAGGUCAGAGUUAAGACGGGACAUGGAGACCAGCAGCACGAGCACUGCUGAUUCUCAGAGGGCCAUCAGCCUGGAUGCGUCUGAAUGCCUGGCAGAGGGGAACAGUCCUCCUGGGACCUCUCUAGUCCGCAGCGCCGCUUUGGAAGACCUGACAUCCAUCGGAGACAGAAACUUGUGGCUCAUCCAGGCAACAGACGACAACUCCGAGCAACUAAAUGAUGGCGUGAUUACUGAUGGAACAACUUUAAAAUCAUGCAGCGACUCUGGAAGCAAAGUCAUAACUUCAGGAACGCAGCAAACUCCUCAGACGCAGAGUCUGUCACAGUCGGAAUCUGAAUCACAUUCUGAAGAUUUCCAUCCAGAGCAACGCGGCAGGAACACUUGUGAUAACGAUUGCCUCUCUAGCGAGCUGCCGUGUGACCCGGGGGCUGAAGGCGGCGGUGAGUCAUCGCUACAUAGGGCCAGCUAUACAAAGCCUGGCAUUUGUAAUGAGUCAGAGACGAGGAGCAAUGUGGCUCAGACCGCCGGCACCGCUGGGCUCCAGAAAACACCCUCCCAAACCCCGGCAGCCAGAAAGUCUUUGGUGCCCGUUGCAGUUUUCAAAGCUCAAGCUCAGGCGGAUACCGGGGAAAAGACUCACUCCGCCACUUCACCAUCCUCCUCCCCUGUCACCACGGACAGCAAAACACAGGCCUCCCCUCGAAACGGCCACAGCUCCAUCCCCGUUAAGAGCCCGAGGCCCCGGCCGGCCGGAAGUGUCGGUUCUGCGAAGAGCCAAACCCAAGGAGCCAAAACUUCUGCCAAAGCCGCGGCUCAACCAGAUGCGAGUGGACAGAGCAGCCCCGGCACUCCCAAGUCCCCCGCCAGCCAAGCGCAGUCCGCGGCCGAGGCCAACAAAGUGAAGAAGGUGGCGGUUGUGCGUUCCACCCCCAAGUCUCCGGGGUCUCUGAAGACCCGCUCGCCGGCGCCGCUCGCUGCAGCGCCCAUGCCGGACCUGAAGAACGUCAGGUCCAAGAUCGGCUCCACGGAGAACAUGAAGCACCAGCCUGGAGGUGGAAGGGUUCAAAUCCUUGAUCAGAAGCUGGACUUUAGUAGUGUGCAGUCUAAGUGUGGCUCCAAAGGCAAUAUCAAACAUGCACCGGGUGGAGGCAAAGUUCAAAUCCAGGACAAGAAGAUGGACGUAUCUAAUGUCCAAGCUCGCUGUGGCUCUAAAGACAACCUAAAGCAUACACCUGGUGGAGGCAAGGUACAAAUUGUUGAGAAGAAGUUGGACUUAAGCAAUGUGCAGUCCCGGUGUGGCUCCAAAGAUAAUAUAAAACAUGUACCCGGUGGUGGCAAUGUUCAAAUUGUGCACAAAAAAAUUGAUCUGAGCAACGUUACUUCCAAGUGUGGGUCGAAAGACAACAUUCGCUACAGGCCAGGCGGUGGAAAUGUUGAGAUCAAGAACGAGAAAGUGGAGUUCAAAGUUCAGUCUAAAAUCGGCUCUCUGGGCAACAUCGGCCACGUUCCUGGAGGCGGCCAGAGAAAGAUUGAGAGCCACAAGCUGAGCUUCCGCGAGACGGCCCGGGCCCGCACUGACCACGGCGCCGAGAUCGUCUCCUUGGAAGACUCCCCCCACCAGCUGAGCACCGUGUCGUCCUCCGGCAGCAUCAACAUGGCCGACGCCCCGCAGCUGUCCACGCUGGCCGACCAGGUGUCCGCCUCCCUGGCCAAGCAGGGCUUGUGAAGGCGGGGCGCGCCUCCGCCACACGCCACCCAGAGGAGUUGUGACGCCUUCCUCCUUGUUUUCACAGGACUUUUUUUUAGCUACCCAUCACUGUUCAUUCUCCACUAACCUUUGAAACUGUUCUUGAGGCGUUGCUGUUACAGGUCUUGAGAAAAAAAACACAGAUUAACACGUAGGCCGAGAUGUAUUUCAUUUCUCUCUGUGGUCUUUGAUCUCUACUUGCUAUUAUUUCAACCUUUUAUAGUGACCCUUUAAGAGUUAAAGCACCCCGGAGCUCAGAUCUCCAUAUGAAUCACUUUCUUUUCUAUUCCAGCACUUGUCCUUGUAACUAUGGUAACGACGACUUGUUCUCCAGACAGUCAGCCCCCAGGAACUCACCUCUGAUAGGUGUGCGCUAAUGUUUUUGCUUUGCUUCUUAAAUGCAGAAUAUCCGCCCUGAAAACCGAGCGACAUGCAGACUGUUAGCAAGAGGAGGAGCAGUUACCGGGGCCGGGGGGGCCGGGGGG